AUGUCAUUCGUUCGACGAGCGGGUGCCGUUUUCUCGCCUGUCGCUUGCUACUUCAAAUCCACAUUGCUCCCGAAACCACCCGUGUACCUUACAGCAACCCCUAAGCUCGCUGAGUCUGGGAAGGGGAAAUGGUACGCCACCGAGAGUAAAGGCAUGAGCAAAGCAGGCACCAAGAAGCCGCGGCCAAAGGUUCCCGACUACUGCGAUGUCGAGCCGGAGUGCGACCAAGAUGGCCACAUCAUCUGGCCAGCGCCAGCAAAGGCGAUGCAGGAAGCCAGAGAUUUCAUAAGGCUGUGUGCUACCAGUGGGAAAAAGGUGCUACUCGUGCCGGACAAAGAUGCUGAUGGUCUCUCGUCCGGAGUUGUCCUCCACCGGACGCUUCGCAGCCUGGGCUUAGACGAGGCCAAGAUCGACGUUCACCUCGUUCAGAAAGGCCGCAAUAUCCACCAUGAAGACGAGAGGCAGGCUAUGGCUCAGAAGGAGCCGUCUUUCGUGGUUGUUCUCGAUCAAGGCUCGCGAGGAGGACCUGCGGUUGUGGACAGAGCGGAGACCAAGUCGCUCAUCAUUGAUCACCACCUCAGCGACGAGUUCCCAGAAGGCGCUCAGGUCGUCUCGGCCUGUCACUACCCACCCGUAUCAACAACAUCAUUGCUCACUUAUGAGCUCUGUAAGACUCUUCAUCCAGACGUCAGCACCUCCUGUGCCUAUCUGGCCUGCAUCGGCACGCACGGUGACCUUGGCAAUACGCUCAAAUGGUCACCUCCUUUCCCGGACAUGACUGAGACCUUCAAGACCUACACCAAGAAGUCCGUUAACGACGCGGUGUCCCUACUAAAUGCUCCUCGCCGCACCGCCAAAUACGAUGUCAUCACGGCUUGGAGCGCUCUCCUCGAAUCCAGCGACCCUAAAGACCUCUUAAAGAAUGCUCGACUACAGUCUGCCCGCUUCGAGAUCAACGAAGAAGUGGAAAUGAAUACACACACGCCACCGAAGUUCAGUCAAGAUGGACGUAUCGCCGUACUACGCAUCAACUCCAAGGCCCAGGUGCACCCAGUCAUUGCGACCAGAUGGGCCGGGUACCUGAACAGUAAAGCACUCGAGAUCGUUGUCUGCGCCAACUACGGCUAUCUCGACGGUAUGGUUAACUUCUCAUGCCGGAUAGCACGAUGUGCGCGCAGCCGCGACCCGCCUGUCAACAUUAUAGAAAGCUUGAAAGCAGCUGCUGAUCUCUCGAUGGACGGCCUCAGAGACAGAAUGGGUGAGAGCUUUGCGCGGGGUCACAAGGAAGCCAGUGGCGGAAUCGUGCCAACCGAAGCAUUCGAGGAGCUUAUGGCGUUGCUGAAAGUGGGCGAGAAGCCAGAGAAGAAGGAAGGGGAAAGCCCGCCUAAAAAGAAAGUGAAGACUAUUGAAAAGAGUCCGCAGAAGAAUACACUGGGUAACUACUUCGGCAAAAAGUAA